AAUUUACGUUUUGGACUUCUUAUCAUCAUUUGUUCUGUUCCGCCACCACCGACUCAUACUCCUUCCCAAUUUUCGUACAAUACAAACACUUUCUCUCGGAUUUCGUUUCAUGGAAUCGCCGCAUUCAUAGCACAACUCUUCAAAAUGUAUUCCUUCAAAGACAAAGUUACACAGAAACUCUCCCAUCUCUUUCCCAACUCCUCCUCCUCCUCGCCCCAGGAUAGUCCAUAUUCGCAAGAGGAUAAACCUUUGUCUUCAUAUUUAUCUUACAUUAUCCCUUCCAUCAGCUUUGAUGGAUCGAAGUCAAACAAGAAUCAACAUGAACUUAAACCAAUUCAAUCGGCUUCCUCUGGAUAUAAUUAUGAGAAUUUUGAAUAUCAGGAUGUUCCAUCGGAUAAUUAUGUUGACUGUACUAACAUGGAUUUGUUGAAAGAUGAUAAUGAUAAUAUUAAUGAAGAUCCUACCUCUAGAAGGAGCAGUAGUAGUUCUGAGGUUUUUGAAGAAGCAAAUGAGCAGCAAACGCCAAAUACUUCAAAGAAGUCUCGACUCAAUCUUACUGAUGACUCUACUUUUAUAUCUCCUGAAUUGUAUGAAUUUUUGGAAAUAUGCCUCCCUAAUAUAGUGAAAGGACGCCAAUGGGUCUUACUUUAUAGUACGUUAAAACAUGGAGUUUCACUUCGUACACUUAUUCGCAAGAGUGCUGAGCUUUCUUGUCCUGGUUUGCUGAUUGCGGGAGAUAUGCAAGGUGCUGUGUUUGGUGGGCUGCUAGACUGUCCCUUGAAACCUACAGCAAAGCGAAAAUAUCAAGGAACAAACCAAACUUUUGUCUUUACAACUGUAUAUGGUCAACCAAGGCUGUUUCUACCUACUGGUGUCAACCGGUACUACUACAUGUGUUUGAAUGACCUACUUGCACUUGGUGGUGGGGGUAAUUAUGCUUUAUGCUUAGAAGAAGAUUUGUUAUCCGGAACUAGUGGGCCUUCUGACACAUUUGGAAACAAAUGUCUAGCUCAUAGUCCAGAGUUUGAGUUGAAGAAUGUUGAGUUGUGGGGUUUUGCACAUCCUUCCCCUUUUCAUGGCUAAGAUGCUUUUGUUUGGAAGUCCAAAAGAAGCGUCUCUUUAUUUUUCUUCUACUCUUUGGAUGUAGUUUAGUGGUUGAUCAAUUUGAUGUUCCGUUACUGUUAGACAUGUCCCAAAUUCUUGUAGUAUAUUUAUGCUUGAAAUUCCAUUUUCUAGAGGUUGGGGUUUGUGAAGGCCAAAUGGUUGUGUAGUAGAAUGAGGUACGGAAUCCACUCACUUAACUACCAAGAAAAUAAAGCACUAAUUAGGCUAUUUUACAUGCAA